GGAGAGGGGGAGGGGUGGCGCGCGCGCCGGCGGGGCCGCGCGGGGAGAAAGACACUGGAAGGCGGCGGGGCGGAGAGAGGCGCGCGCGGGCCGCGGCCGAGCAGGAGGCUGCUAGGAGAGCCCGCGGGGGCCCUGGGAGUGCAGUUCCUCAGCCCCCGCAAAACAAUGUGUGGCGUGCUGCGGGGCACAACUUGCCGGAGGCGGCGGGGGCGCGCCGAGCCCGCCUGAGACCGCGCCGCUGACCUUCUCCCCCCGCCGUCCGUUGGGCCCGAGCGCCCAGCUUCUCGCUCCCCAGCUCGCGGGGGCCGGGCCGAGCUGCAGGGCGGGGCCGCCCCUCCGUCGCUGCUGCCUCCUCCCCCACCCCCAGCCGCUGAGGAUGCGGACGGCCCCCGGCGGCGUCUAGCGGCCCCGGGCCCAGGCGCGAUGGUGCAGCAGCGGGGCGCGAGGGCCAAGCGGGACGGCGGGCCACCGCCCCCGGGGCCCGGGCCGGCCGAGGAGGGGGCGCGUGAGCCCGGCUGGUGCAAGACCCCGAGCGGCCACAUUAAGAGACCGAUGAACGCGUUCAUGGUGUGGUCGCAGCACGAACGGCGGAAGAUCAUGGACCAGUGGCCCGACAUGCACAACGCCGAGAUCUCCAAGCGCCUGGGCCGCCGCUGGCAGCUGCUGCAGGACUCGGAGAAGAUCCCGUUCGUGCGGGAGGCGGAGCGGCUGCGCCUCAAGCACAUGGCGGAUUACCCGGACUACAAGUACCGGCCGCGCAAAAAGAGCAAGGGGGCGCCCGCCAAGGCGCGGCCCCGCCCCCCCGGCGGCGGCGGCAGCCGGCUCAAGCCCGGGCCGCAGCUGCCUAGCCGCGGGGGCCGCCGAGCAGCGGGAGGGCCUUUGGGGGGCGGCGCGGCGGCGCCCGAGGACGACGACGAGGACGACGACGAGGAGCUGCUGGAAGUGCGCCUGGUCGAGACCCCCGGGCGGGAGCUGUGGAGGAUGGUCCCGGCGGGGCGGGCCGCCCGGGGACAAGCGGAGCGUUCCCAGGGGCCGUCGGGCGAGGGGGCGGCUGUCACCGCCGCCUCCCCGACUCCGUCGGAGGACGAGGAGCCGGAGGAAGAGGAGGAGGAGGCGGCGGCGACGGAGGAAGGCGAAGAGGAGACGGUGGCGUCGGGGGAGGAGCCGCUGGGCUUUCUGUCCAGACUGCCCCCCGGCCCCGCCGGCCUGGACUGCAGCGCCCUGGACCGCGACCCAGACCUGCCGCCCCCCUCGGGCACGUCGCACUUCGAGUUCCCGGACUACUGCACCCCCGAGGUUACCGAGAUGAUCGCAGGGGACUGGCGCCCGUCUAGCAUCGCCGACCUGGUUUUCACCUACUGAGCCCACCGUCAGCGGGGCGCGCACGCCCCCAAACCAGCUGUUUACAUACAGGAAUCAGGUAUUGGGGCCCCUCGGAGGCCGAGGCUGGCACCCCAUCUCCCGCACAGCCUCCCCCCUCCUAGACGUGCCCAACCCCCUUCAAAUCCAGACAUGCCCUUCCCCCGCAGACACACCCCAAGGCAGCCCAACCCCCACCCUUUCUCCGACAUCCAAGCCCCUCCCCAUCUUACCCCCUCCCGCACAGCCACCAGCAGCCAGCCCCCCCCUCCGAUACACCUCCCGUCCUCUCCAAGAGACCUGUACCCCUCCCCCAUUUUGCACACGCCCCUCCUCACGGCCGGAGGACACGCCCCUGCCCUUGCUCCGGACUCCCUCCGCCUUAGCCUGGCCCGCCUCUUGUCUUGUUUGGGGGGGCGCUGCAGCUGGGCGGCCCCGCGCCCUCCUCCCUUGCCCCUCCCUCCCAGGGAGGGGGCCCGUUCCUUUUCCCCGGGAACACUGGGAUCCGCCCCCUUCUCGCGCAUGCUUAAUGCUUCUUGGGAGGAGGGAGCUGGUCCCAGUCGAACCUCAAGCCCCUGUCAGCCGAUCCGGGAAGAAGGGGGGCGGAUAUAGAGCGAUCCUGAGAAAUCUUUUGAUCCAGGAGCCACGGCUUCCGUUCAACCCGACGGGGCGUCACUGCCUUAAAUGGGAGGAGCACUCGGAAGGGGGAGAAAGAGACUAGCCGGCCCGGAAGGGUUGAUGUGGAGCUUGGAACUCCCAAGUGGCAUAGCCCCUUUUCCCUUACGGGGUUGCCCAACCCACGUGCACCCACCCCUCACCGACUGCAUGACUGCCUCUACAGCUUGUCUUGGUUCCAAGAAGCCAACCUUUCUUUCCCCCGCCUGGGAAUUGGGGGCAGGGUCUUUCUCUGGAAAUCCUUCAGGAGAGAAAAAGAAAACUCAGAACCAAGACACGUAACAGUUUGUUUGGGGACAGGGUCCUUAUGCUCCACCACCCCCCAAGUGCCCUUAUCACCUCAGGGCACACUCCCAGCCUGGGCUCCUUCCUAAGCCCACCGCCCCUUCCUGUCACCCAGGUCCCUCUGCCUACAGUAUUCAGUGGGAGAAACUGAGACACGUUGGUACUAGGGGGUUGAGACUGAGGCAUAAUAGCAGAUGAAGUGGCAAGAAGAGCCCCACUUUUCAGCAGCUGGCUUCAGAGAGACCAUCGACUGGGCCAGUGAGACUGAAGGGAGGGUCAGAGCAGUCUUGGGCCGUUUGCGCCUAGCGCUGCUGCAUCCAGUUCGGGGUGCCCUCGGAAACCCUGCCCCUGAUGCUGUUACCCCUCUUACUCCAGCUCCCCGCUCAAGCCCCGCCCCUCCGGCCUCCCCACGCCCCAUUUGCCCUCACUACCUGUAUCUCACCGGCGUGUGUUCACCCUCCUGGGUGUGCACACACUCUCAUUCACACACACAAAUCUCAGGAACAAACGGUCCCAGAGUCCUCCGGGACCCCUGCCCAGGGUCUCUGCAGGUCUCUGCCCCACGCGUUCCCGUCGCUGACAAAGCCACCAGCUGCCUCCUUUAAGCUUGGUGCUCCGGCUCUGGGCCUUUUUGCGCGCGCGCUCUUUCUCUCUUUUUCUCUUUCUCUCUCUCUUUCUUUUUCUUUUUCUUUUUUUUUUUUUUAAAGAAAAACAACAACAAAAAAGACAAUGAAAAAUCCCAGAAAACGUCAUGUGAGUGAAGAGAUGUCACUGUCUGUGGUCUUGGAGAACUAGUCUCAUAGCUGAGGGGAGGGGGCACUGGCACCCACAGCAGGACUUCUGCCAGGACUGAAUAAAGUGUAUUUGCCCCAUCUCGC